GUAUAGCGCAGUUAAUCAGUAAAAGUGACGCAACUGCUAGGUAUAUUUUUUACCCUUUUCCUUUUUUAAUAUUACUUAUGCUUGAGGAUUUAAAUUCCUUCGAGGCGAUCCAAUCGCAUCUUAACGACAAGACCUUACAGGACAUCGAGGGCCUGGACCCUUCCGUUUACGGCUUCUGUCGCGGGGAAUGCUGCGGCCCUGUACCGGAGUCGCUACCCAACAGCAUGAAAAUGGAUCGCGAGAUUCUAAUGAUAGCCUCCAACAUGUCCUGUAUGCAGUGGAAUACGCGCGCGGACAAUGUCCCUCACUACCAUGAGCUCAAUCGGAGCUUUCUUAAGGACAGCCCUAAGGCGUCUUUGUUUGUAUGUGAAACCGAUGGCGACGAGUUUAUCCUGCGUUUUCGCACUAACCCGAGCACCCAGCGGUUUGAGAUUAUGCAGUACAGCAUCCCCGACCCUGUCAGUACGCCAUGGAUGGCGAACGGAAUCCUCCAGGUCGACCGCACUGACGAGUGCCUCAUCUUUGUUUGCGCCCACCUUAGCCGGGAUAAGCGCUGCGGAUACUGUGGGGCAGUUUUAGUCCAUCUUUUCCGUCAGGCCAUUCAGCGGAAGAUGGGGGAGGACGGCGCAAAGCGGGUUUCUGUGUUUCCAUGUUCGCAUAUCGGUGGCCAUAUUUAUGCUGGAAACGUUAUGAUGUAUCGAAAAAGCGGUGGAGUUACUUUUGGACUCUUUAAACCCACCGAUGUCGAUACACUGAUUGAUGCGAUUGCUUCGUGUACCGACGAAAUACCUGAGUCCUUACGAUCACGGAUUCGCGGCCAAUUGCAUGUUAACCCCUCUAUAACGGAAGAAAACAAAAGCACGUGUGCGAUUAUGUGAUAACUCCUUUUAUAUCUAUGGUUUUCCUGUUUCUUGUUUAUGUUUAAUACAUGCGCAUGUAUUAACGAUUCACUUAUCACUGACCUUACAUUUCAUCUGGGGGUUACUUAAUUUUAUUGAAAUUUCCAAUGAGACCAAAUUUGAAGCUUAUUAGAUUAUUAUUUUUUUACUUUAUAAGCCACGCAAUCCUAGCAUAAAAGGUGUUUUGCUAUAAUAUAUGUAUCGAAUGAUUUUUAUAUAGAAAUAUAAUAUUGAACUUGCAAAAUAAUUAUUUUUACUGUUCCUAAGUAACCUUUUACAUCUUUGAUACUUAAGUAAAAACACCUUUCAAGAGAUAUAGUAUAAGUAUAGUAAA